UGGGGCGGAGCCAUAGGGGCGACCCGGAAGAGCAGGCGAACGGAUUGGUGGUCUGACUAGCAGGACAUCUGGACCCAUCACCGGCCUCCUGACCCGCUGCCCAGGCGACUGCGGCCAGGAUGGGCCGGAAAGUGACGGUGGCCACCUGCGCACUCAACCAGUGGGCCCUGGACUUCGAGGGAAAUUUGCAAAGGAUUUUAAAGAGUAUUGAAAUUGCCAAAAGCAGAGGCGCAAGAUACAGGCUUGGACCAGAGCUGGAAAUAUGUGGCUAUGGAUGUUGGGAUCAUUAUUACGAGUCAGACACUCUGUUGCAUUCACUUCAAGUCCUGGCCGCCCUUCUGGAAUCUCCGCUCACCCAGGAUAUCAUCUGUGACGUGGGGAUGCCUGUGAUGCACCGAAAUGUCCGUUACAACUGCAGAGUCAUCUUUCUCAACAGGAGAAUCCUGCUCAUCAGGCCCAAGAUGGCCCUGGCAAAUGAAGCCAACUACCGGGAGCUGCGCUGGUUUACCCCGUGGUCCAGGAGCCGGCAAACAGAGGAGCAUUUCCUCCCUCGGAUGUUGCAGGACCUGACAAAGCAGGAAACUGUGCCCUUUGGGGAUGCCGUGCUGGCCACCUGGGACACCUGCAUCGGGAGCGAAGUCUGCGAGGAGCUCUGGACACCGCACAGCCCACAUGUGGACAUGGGCCUGGAUGGUGUGGAGAUCAUCACCAAUGCCUCCGGCAGUCACCACGUGCUGCGCAAAGCCCAUGCCAGGGUGGACCUGGUGACCAUGGCCACCACCAAGAACGGAGGGAUCUACCUGCUGGCCAACCAAAAGGGCUGCGACGGUGACCGUCUCUAUUACGACGGCUGCGCCAUGAUAGCAAUGAAUGGGAGCAUCUUUGCACAGGGGUCCCAGUUCUCUCUGGAUGAUGUGGAGGUCCUGACUGCCACGUUAGACCUCGAGGAUGUGAGGAGCUACAGGGCAGAAAUUUCUUCUCGGAACCUAGCAGCCAGCAGGGUGAAUCCCUAUCCCCGAGUGAAGGUGGACUUUGCCCUCUCACACCAUGAGGACUUGCUGCAGUCCAUCACUGAGCCUGUGGACUGGAAAUACCAUACGCCUGAGGAGGAGAUAAGCCUUGGACCUGCCUGCUGGCUCUGGGAUUACUUAAGACGAAGCCAACAGGCGGGGUUUUUCCUGCCCCUGAGUGGUGGUGUGGACAGCGCAGCUACUGCCUGCCUUGUCCAUUCCAUGUGCCAUCAGGUCUGUGAAGCGGUGGCGAGAGGAAAUCAGGAAGUGUUGGCUGACAUCCGGGCCAUUGUGGAUGAGAGCAGCUACACCCCCCAGCGCCCUCAAGAGCUGUGUGGACGCAUACUGACCACCUGCUACAUGGCCAGCGAGAACUCCUCCCAGGAGACGUGUAGCAGGGCCCGAGAGCUGGCCCAGCAGAUUGGAAGCUACCACAUCAGUCUCAACAUUGACCCAGCUGUGAAGGCCAUUGUAGGCAUCUUCAGCCUGGUGACAGGGAAAAUCCCUUUGUUUACAGCGCAUGGAGGAGGCAGCAGGGAAAACCUGGCACUGCAAAAUGUGCAGGCUCGGAUCAGGAUGGUCCUCGCCUACCUGUUUGCCCAGCUGAGCCUCUGGUCCCGGGGUGCCCGUGGGGGGCUUCUUGUGCUCGGAUCUGCCAACGUGGAUGAGAGUCUCCUCGGCUACCUGACCAAGUACGACUGCUCCAGUGCAGACAUCAACCCCAUUGGCGGAAUCAGCAAGACUGACCUGAGAGCCUUCGUCCAGUUCUGCAUGGAGCACUUCCAGCUUCCCGCGCUGCAGGGCAUCCUCUCAGCGCCAGCCACCGCAGAGCUGGAGCCCUUGGCCGACGGGCAGGUGUCCCAGACAGACGAGGAUGACAUGGGAAUGACGUACUCAGAGCUCUCAGUAUACGGGAGGCUCAGGAAGAUAGCCAAGGCAGGGCCUUACAGCAUGUUCUGCAAGCUCCUCACCAUGUGGAAGGACAUCUGUACCCCAAGACAGGUGGCUGACAAGGUGAAGCAAUUCUUCUGGAAGUACUCCGUGAAUAGACACAAGAUGACCACGCUCACACCUGCAUAUCAUGCGGAGAACUACAGCCCUGACGAUAAUAGGUUUGAUCUGCGGCCCUUCUUGUACAACACACGCUGGCCAUGGCAGUUCCGGUGCAUUGAGAGUCAGGUUCUACAGCUUGAGAAGAAAGCAAGGCAGGAUCUGAAUGGCUAAGACUGAGGGUCACACCUGCCUGAGGCCUCCCUUCCCUGGGAUCCUUAGUGUGACGUCAGCAUAACUCGAGGCCAAGGGGAGCUGCACCUGAAUCAAUUUUAUUUCAUGUUUGGAACAAGAGAGGUCUUUUCAUUGUAAUUCCUGCAAGAGGAGCUAAAAUAAACGGAGUAUGUUCUUUAACCCUGA